CUACAGUCUAUGUUUUGCAUACAUUACGAGUAUUUCAAGUACUGUACUAAUAUCGUCGAAAGAUUUGAACAUAGUAUGUAUAAAUAUAUAUGUUUAUUAGCGAUUCAAGCAGCCGUUGCACCUUGUUGAAAUCUGUGUCCACGCAUGUGACUCGGCACCCUGUUAUUUUCUGCAAAAACACUGCUUCUCCAGCCAUACCGCAUCCGACUAGAAGUAAAUGAGAUCGUUCACACAAGCCAAACGUUUUCGCUAACUGGACCAAAUUUAAUUCGCAUAUUGUAUAAUCAACAGCUGCAUUGGCACGGUCAUAAUUAUAAGAUUGGUCCAAAUCUAGUGGACAAUGGCAAAGCACAUUCCAGUAAGGUAUGCGUGAACCGGAAAGAAUCGAGAUGACGUUUAUGUCGUCAAAACUGAAAAUUUCUACUGGGCCGGAUAUCCAGCUCCUCACUGUCCGAAUAGAGAAGAAAAUUGCGCGCCAGCGGACGACAGCUAGAGUAACGCCGAAUAUCCAGGACAGCCAUAUAGGUUGGCCACUGCAGAACAAGCCACCAAAUACACCUCCUAAGAGGAAGAUGGUCACGGGAAAGUUAAAAGAUCCCCAUUUUGAUCUUCCACACCGGGGAUGUUACUUUACCAACUGGUCACAAUACAGAAAGGGCAAAGCCAAGUUUACCGCUGCUGAUAUUGAUCCGGAUUUAUGCACGUAUAUUGUUAUUGCAUUUGCCAAGAUUGAGAACAACACGCUCGUACCGUUAGAAUGGAACGACGAAGAAACUUUUCGGCGUUUAAAUCAGUACAAGUUGACUCAUCCAAACCUGAAGAUUUUAUUAAGUGUGGGAGGAUGGACACUCAGCAAUCAGCUGGUGGCAGUCUCCGAGACAUUUGAAACUCGUCACGCUUUUAUUACUUCUACGGUGGUCAGUUUAAGAAACUGGGAACUGGACGGACUGGAUGUUGAUUGGGAAUAUCCAGACGCAGCGACAAAAGAAGAAUAUUCUUCACUAUUGCUGGAACUGAGGGAGGCAUUUGAAAAGGAAGCCAAAAGAUCAAAGAAAACCCGAUUGAUAUUAGCAGCUGCAGUGCAUUUCACAUCGGACGGAGGAUAUGAUGGACGGAUAAUGAAUCAGGCAUUGGAUUUUCUUAACGUAAUGGCUUAUGAUUUGCAUGGGGCUUGGAUUCCGGACAAAAUCGGCCAUCACGCGCCGUUGUUCAAAGGUCCAUUUGCCGAAGAAUCCCCCCAAUCCGUUGCAGCCACGAUGAAGUCGUGGGAGCUUCUGGGCAUUCCGAAGCAUAAACUGAUACUAGGUCUGCCGAUGUAUGGCCGCGGCUGGCUCAUGGCCAGUCCGCUGGCAUACAGCCUGGGAUCGCCUGCCAAGGGUGCCAUAUCCACCAGCAAGUUCACCAGUGAAGCUGGUGCAUGGCCCUAUUAUGAGAUCUGUGACAAAUUCAAAACGGACAAUGCAAGUUAUGUAUUUGAUAAACAAAUUCAAGCCGCCUAUGCCUUUACCAAAGACUACUGGAUAGGAUUCGAUGACCGACUGACCGUAGCUGCCAAGACGAAAUGGGCAAAAACAAACGGCUACGGUGGUGUUUAUAUUUGGGAUUUGGCGCAAGAUGAUUUCCACAAUAUUUGUGGCUUAGGAAUCAAUCCCUUACUGCACGUUAUACGUGACAUUCUCACUAAUACGAGAACUUCUAACGAUUUCCCAAUCAUGGCGUCGCCUGGGACCACAAAAUUCCGGCCGACCACUUUAAGGAUGACCACCCAAACAACUACCAGGUCAACGCCAACCACGAUCAUACCGGAAACAACAACACCAGCUACAGUCAUGCCCCGGCGCGUUGCACACGAACACCUGGUGACUAAGCCCCGGGUGACCUUUUCCAUGGUGCUCGGUAACAGUCAACCCGUGAUACCCAGAAUAGCUUUGGAGAAACAAAUUUGUGACAAGAAUUUCUGCAUAUGGAGUGGACCGGGUUCAUUUGCAGUUGGCCGAUGCGAAUCACGAUACUGCGACUGCGAUGCAGGAAGUAAUCCAUACAGUCGGGAAUGUAAUGGUGGCUUGGUUUAUGAUGCGGCAAACAAAUACUGCAACUGGCAGGAACUUGUGGAGGGAUGCACUCGAUUUAACGGCGAAUCGCCGGAAGCGAUAUACGAAAACAAAUUUCUUACCACUUGAUCGGUCUACUUGUUUCCAUUUUAUUGUUUUUUAAAUGUUGUAUUCUUUCUGUUGGCGCUGGGACAGCUUGUAUGUAUUUUAGACAAAAGAUCUUACAAUGUAACGGUAAGCGCAAAGUGGCAAACUGCUCUGGGUCUCCUGAAUCUAUGCCAGCACAACUACAACCCGCUGCAAAGCGACAUAUUUUUGUAGCAGUUGGUAACCCAAACACAAAAAAUUUAAAAGUUAAUUACUGCACCAGGCUGCAGUGGU